UCACCCCUCGAUGGCGGCGCGUGGAGCCCUGGGUCUUUCUCCUUCCUCCGCCCCGAGCCUGGAGGGAGCCUCUCGUGAGGAGGAGCGAGGGCGGGCGUACGUGCGGUGGCCCCGCUUCCUCUUCGCUUGCCCUGCUCCCUGCAGGGCUCCGUGACCUGGGGCUCCCCCUCUCUGCCCCUCGGGGUGUGGGACUCGGCGUCUUCGGGGAAGAGGGCGCAGCUCGGGUCCGGUGGUUUUUCACCUGAGCACCUCGAGGAGCUCGGGCGGGGCUCUUUAAUGGGUUCCGGCUGUAGAAUUAAUUCGCUUUAGGGAUUCGGGUGCCGUCGCGGGCCAGGCAUGUCCUUUGUCUGGGUUGUGGAGCUGGCGCUGCGCCCCGCUCGGACCCCCGUGGGCCAGACUCGGGCCCAGCCGCCGCCGCAAGCACCGAGAAGCCUCCCGAGCUCUACCUGCUCGCGGGGGUCGGGCGGUGCCCUGGCAGCUGUCGGGGUACAAGUGUGUGACUGAAGGGCUCGAAUUUGCCAUUCUCGCGAAUUUGUUAGUUUCCCGACGGAACCUGUUUAUUUUUAAAUGGCUUAAUUGAGAGAGCCACCACAUUUUAUUUCUCUUAAUUGUCUCCACCUUAGUGAAUGUAAAAGGACACUAGUUUUUCUUUUGGUUUAUAUCCAUCGUGAUUUAAAAGCCAAGUUGAAGACACUGAUUUAUCUACAAGAAAAGUGGAAAUGGUUUUAGAUCUUUGAAUGUAAGAUAAACCUUAAGUGGCCAUAUAGUUAUAUAUAAAAAUGGAGUGUGAGCCUAUUUUGGACAUUCAGAACAAUAUUUUCCUUUGAACUAGGUGUCAGUCCAUUGUGAAAUGAGAUAGGAUCUGGACAGAUAGAACUAUUCUUUGAUGUGAAUUGUAUGUGUGGCUGUUGCAUUUCCAAAUUUAUUAAGAUUUUAAUAUGAUGUGGGCCCAUACUUUAAAUGUCUGAGUGAUUCAGCAAGAGAACCCUGCAUUGAAAGACCCAUUGACAAUGAUAAUGCCAGUUGGCUGUAAUGCAAUUAAAUUGCCAGGGAUUGUCAUUCUGUUAGACUUUAGGGGAAAUAGGAUAGCAUGCUCUCAUUUCGUUGAAGUCAGUGAAUUGAAUUUUAAUUUUUUCUGUGUAUUUCUAGUAGUAGAAAUGAUUGUACAAGGUUAUAGGUAUUUUAAAGUUGCAAUGUCAUGAAAAUUUCGGGGAUACUGUAUAUAGACUCACAGUUCCUGUAGUUUGGAAUACAUUAAAAAAAAAAAUCCAACUACAUAGAGUAAGAAUGGGAAACUGGUAUGGGGUCAUCGAACUUUUUAGCGCUUAUCAGUCUAAACUGUUUUUCCUUGAAAGUAAUGUAAGCCUAUAAUAUUGAGAGCACUUAUAACGGUGCUUUUUAAUAUUCCUAAAGUGCUUUUAAGAUAACUGCUUUGAUAUAUAGCAUGAGAACCUCAAGCAUUUUAGAUGCAUUAUAGUUGGAGCAUAUGAAAGAUGGUCACAUUUAAUGUAGAAAAUUGCUGAUAAUGCAGUUUGUAAAUAGAUUUUAACUAGGGGUUCACACAUAUACUGGCUAACCCACAGUUUUUACCAGCUCCUAGUAUUUUGCCAGGCACAGAGAUAAUGUGCAAUAUAGAAAUGGUUUUAUUAGUGCUGUAUUCUUAAUUUCUAUUGUAGUAAUCUGCUUCCGGGAUUUCAGUGAAGUCCUAACUCAAUGAAUUAAUGAUUUGAAUAACUUUAUAGUUGUCGAUAGAACAUUAUGGUCUGCUUGUAUUUUGUGCUAGUUUUUCUCUUUUAUGCAUCACUUUCUUUUACCAGCUCAUGUCUCUUCAAUUCUAGGCCAUGGAUCUUGAGGGGGUUGUUGGUAUAGAAUCACAUAGUAGAAAAAUUGAAGAUUAAAAAAAAAUUUUCUUAAUUUUUUGGGGGGAAGGUAAACACAUGUACAUAUACAAAAGGCAUAUGUAUGUUAUUGUAUGCAUUUAUCUGCAAGAGCCUUUGACUUUAAUUUCUUUUUCUCAAUUUAAGGUUACCAUUAAGAAUAUUGAGAGAGAGCUCAUUUGCCCAGCUUGCAAGGAGCUGUUUACCCACCCGUUGAUUCUCCCUUGUCAACACAGUAUCUGUCAUAAAUGUGUAAAAGAACUCUUACUGAGUCUUGAUGAUUCAGUCAAUGACGUGGGAUCAGACAACUCCAAUCAGAGCAGUCCUCGCCUUCGGCUCCUAUCCCCUAGCCUGGAUAAAAUUGACAGAAUUAACAGACCAGGUCAUAAGAAGAUACUAAAUGGGCUUACUAAUUACACAGGCUGGAAGCGCAAUUCAUUGAGCCCUAGGACAACUACUUUUCCUUGCCCCGGCUGUGAGCAUGAUGUGGAUCUUGGAGAACGAGGAAUCAAUGGUCUGUUUAGAAAUUUCACUUUGGAAACUAUUGUGGAAAGAUAUCGGCAGGCAGCUAGGGCAGCCACAGCCAUUAUGUGUGACCUUUGCAAACCACCACCUCAAGAAUCCACAAAAAGUUGCAUGGACUGUAGUGCAAGUUAUUGCAACGAGUGUUUCAAAAUUUAUCAUCCCUGGGGUACUGUAAAAGCUCAACAUGAGUAUGUGGGCCCAACCACUAACUUUAGACCCAAGAUUUUAAUGUGCCCAGAACAUGAAACGGAGAGAAUAAACAUGUACUGUGAGUUAUGUAAGAGACCUGUUUGUCAUCUCUGUAAGUUGGGUGGUAAUCAUUCCAAUCAUCGUGUAACCACUAUGAGCACUGCCUACAAGACCUUAAAGGAAAAGCUCUCAAAAGACAUUGAUUACCUUAUUGGUAAGGAGAGCCAGGUGAAGAGUCAAAUUUCUGAACUAAACUUGUUAAUGAAAGAAACAGAGUGUAAUGGAGAGAGGGCUAAAGAAGAAGCAAUUACACGCUUUGAAAAGCUCUUUGAAAUUCUGGAAGAGAGGAAAUCAUCUGUUUUGAAAGCAAUUGAUGCUUCUAAGAAACUAAGAUUAGACAAAUUUCAGACUCAAGUGGAAGAAUAUCAGGGGCUUCUAGAAAACAAUGGGCUUGUGGGAUAUGCUCAAGAGGUGCUUAAAGAGACAGAUCAGUCUUGCUUUGUUCAGACAGCAAAACAACUCCAUCUCAGAAUACAGAAAGCUACAGAAUCUUUGAAGAGCUUUAGACCUGCAGCUCAGACUUCUUUUGAAGAUUAUGUUGUUAAUACAUCUAAACAAACAGAACUUCUUGGAGAAUUGUCCUUUUUCUCUAAUGGCAUAGAUGUGCCAGAGAUCAAUGAGGAACAGAGCAAAGUUUAUAACAAUGCUUUGAUAAAUUGGCACCAACCAGGAAAGAAUGAUAAAGCUGAUAGCUAUGUUCUUGAAUAUCGGAAGAUUAACAGAGAUGAAGAAAUGUUGUCAUGGAAUGAGAUAGAAGUGUGUGGCACUAGUAAAGUAGUUGAGGACCUAGAUAGCAAUUCUCUUUAUGUCUUCAGAGUGAGAGCAUAUAAGGGUUCAAUCUGUAGUCCUUGCAGCAGAGAACUGAUCCUUCAUACUCCUCCUGCUCCAGUUUUCAGUUUUCUCUUUGAUGAAAAAUGUGGCUAUAAUAAUGAACACCUCUUGCUGAACUUGAAGAGAGACCGUGUAGAGAGCAGGGCAGGAUUUAAUCUUCUGCUUACUGCGGAACGCAUCCAAGUGGGCUAUUACACAAGCCUAGACUACAUCAUUGGAGAUGUCGGAAUUACAAAAGGGAAACAUUUUUGGGCCUUCCGUGUGGAACCAUAUUCAUACCUGGUAAAAGUGGGAGUUGCUUCCAGUGAUAAGCUACAAGAGUGGCUCCGCUCUCCCCGGGAUGCAGUUAGUCCAAGAUAUGAGCAAGACAGUGGGCAUGACAGUGGAAGUGAAGAUGCCUGUUUUGAUUCUUCACAACCUUUUACAUUAGUUACUAUAGGCAUGAAGAAAGUUUUUAUACCCAAGUCACCUACUUCCUCUAAUGAUCCUGAAAAUAGAGUCUUUCCCAUGCCAACAAGUAUAGGAAUUUUCCUUGACUAUGAUAAAGGUAAAGUGGGUUUCUACGACAUGGAUCACAUGAAAUGCCUUUAUGAGCGCCAAGUGGACUGUUCGAAUACAAUGUACCCAGCAUUUGCAUUAAUGGGCAGUGGAGGAAUUCAACUUGAAGAACCCAUCACAGCAAAGUAUCUGGAAUACCAAGAGGAAAUGUAGUGUAAACAUCUGAUGAAACUUAGGAUGAGAAUUGUGAGCAAAACAAUGCCUUGGUGUUAACCUGUGUAACUAAGUACAUAUCAUCUAAGUAUUCUGUCACCAUGCUUGUGUAUGAUUUUUCUUAAAACACAAAACCUAAAUAGCCUUGCCUCUUCCAUGUCGUCGUUCUGCCUUUCACAAAUGAUGGGAAUGUAGACACCCUUUCUUAGUUAUCUCUGAAUGGUUAACUUUGCAACUGGAUUGUCUCUCUUUUUUUAGGAACAGGAAAUCUAAUUUAUUUAUGUCGGAGGGUGUUGCUGAUACUUACAGUCCUUUUUUUUCGGGGGAGGGAUACAAAAGUAUUUAUUAUGCUGCUUUUGUGUUUAGUUUUUCAUUUUUAUAUCAUGUUUUUGUCCUCAGAAGAUAUUUUAAAAAUGCCUUACGGAUAGAUAUUAGCACUAAAAAUUGCGUCUUGUGUUUGUUUUUAGUAGGAAAACAGAGUUAUAGAUAGAUAAGAAAAGGGCCAUAAAAAUGGUUGUAUGUUUAAAUGGAAAAUAAUGUAUUUUAAUGUGUGUAACUCACUACCUAGCAGGUGCUAAGAGUAGAUUACCUGGAAAAUGAAUACUGCUUGUUUUCUUGAGACCACAAACUGUAUUGACAUUUUAAAGAGUUCCUUUAGCUGUAAUGCUCAUUACUGGCAUGUGUAAUAAACAUGGUUUCUUUCAGGAAAUACAAUUAAAAUUCUUAGCUAAGAGAUGAAAGUUUUCCCUUUUUUUUUUUUUAAGAAAAAUUUAUCUUCAUUCUUAGUUACUGUAUGAAAAUAUUGAGCUUAUAUCAAAGAAUUAUUUUUCAGAAAUAUUAGUGAAAAUGCACUGAUAUUGAAAUCAUAUUUGCUCUUUUUCCUCUUGUGUCUUUUGAUUCUCACUUUUUGGCACAAGUAUUGUCAGGUUGUCUUGGUUUAUGUUUACAUCUUUGAAAAAGUUCAUGAUAUAUUUUAGUAGCAGUAAAUAUAAAAUAUGAAGUAACUAAUUGUUCAGUUGUAUGGCAUUUUCUGUCUCUCACUGAUUGGUAAUAAGCAUUUGUAGUGUAAGCAAGAAAAAUACAACUUUAGCUGUUUAGGAAAUAACAAAAAUCAUAAUGACAUCUUUUUAAAACUUAAAAAGUUCUUUUAAUUUCAAGAGCUGUAUUUUAUCUAAAUCUUAUGUUCAUUUUUGAAAGAUUUUCUUAGGUGGUUUUUAUUUAAAGUGCUAAUUUUCUGGAAGUUAAUAUGUUGAAAUACUAGACUGUUAUCCAUUUUCUUAGCAGUAAUCGUUAGUGGAAUUCUUUUGGCAUAUUUUAAUAGAGUAACCAAAAGUCUUAUACCUGAGUUUUUUGUUUUUGUUUUGCUUUGUUGUUGUUUUUUAAUAGGAAACUUUUUUCAGGUUGACUUAGGUUUUUUUUUCCUUCAACAAGAGUGGAGAAUUAGUGUUUAGUAGUCCUGUUAUUUUCCCAUCUAUGAAUAGCACUUUAUGAAAUAGGCUGAACUAAGCAAAUAUGCAGUGUUACGUGGAUCGUUGUGCAAUAAAGCUGCUAAAGUCAUGUGUGUGGUAAAGUUUGAUACUCUCAAGUUUUGUGUAAAUACAUAUCAUGUAGACAUUUUAAAAUAUAAAGCUUUAACAGGAAUAGGAAAGCCGUUUAAAACAUGUAUACUUGUAUAUAAAUUGUUCACCUGGAUUUAUUUUAAAUAAAAAGGAAAAUGGAAUCAAGUGUAAUUAUUCAAAUCUGCAUUACAGAAAUUCUCAGCAUGUUAGUAAUCUGUUUACUUGGGAAAUAGAAACAAAUUAUUCAUGAAAAGAUUUUUAGCUGAAUAUAUUACUUAGAGCUAAAGUUUUAUAUAAAAUUAUUUUGUACAUUUAUUUUUUAGCCUUAAUUCUCGUUGAAGUGGUCAUCCACCAAAAAAGAUCCCAAACCUGUUUUUGCUGAGUCGAUUCCAGCUCAUAGCAACCCCAUAGCAAACUGCCAAUCUUUUGGUUAGCAGCCGUAGUUCUUAACCACUGCAUCACCAGGAAGUGGUCAUUAGAAAAGCUUAGCAUGAAACUAAUUUAUUUCAGUUGCUUAAUUGACCAGUUGUCUGUUUCCUUCCUUUUUAAAAAAAAAAAUGUUUUAUUAUAGCAGUGUACAUACAACAUAUACAAUAUUUCAUCAGCUUCUACAUAUACACUUCGGUGACAUUGAUUACAUACUUCAAGUUGUACGACCAUUCUCGCUAUUUCCAAAUUAUCUCACCACCAUUAACAUAUGUUCAAUACAUUCUAAGCAAAAAAGUCAAAUUCCCCCUUCCCUUCUGCUCCUAAAACCAGAAACCAAACUCAUUGUCCUCAAGUUGAGUCUGACUUGUAGUGACCUUAUAGGAGAGGGUAGAAUUGCCCCAUAGCGUUUCCAAAGAGCGGCUGGUGAACUUGAACUGCUAACAUUUUGGUUAGCAGCCAAGCUCUUUAUCACUGCGUCACUGGGGCUCCCCCUGACCCUGGUAACCACUAAUUAUGAUUUCUAUAUAAUUGCUUAUUUCUUAUAAGUUAUACAGUAUUUGUCCUUUUUUGUGUCUGCCUUAUUUAACUCAGCAUAAUGUCGUUUAAGUUCCUCCAUGUGUGGCAUGCAUCAGAACUUCAUUCCUCUUUAUGGCUAAGUAAUAUUCUAUCGUUUAUACAUUCUUCAAUUGAUGGACAUUUCAGUUGUUUCCACUUUUUGGCUGUUGUAAAUAGUGCAGCAGUGAACACUGGUGUACACAUGUCUGUUUGCACUGUUGCCUUCAGGUUUUCUGCAUAUAUGCCUUAGAGUAGAAUUGCUGGGUCGUGUGGUAGUUCUAUGUUCAACUUUUUGAGGAACCUCCAAACUUUCCCACAAUGGCUAUACCAGUUGAUAAUCCCACCAGCAGUGAAUGAGGAUUCCUGUUUCUCAACAACCUUGCCAAUAUUUAGUAUUUUCUGUUUUUUUGAUCAUUGCCAUUCUAAAAAGGAUGAAAUGGGAUCUCAUUGUGGCUUUGAUUUACAUCUCCCUAAAUGACAGAAAUCCUGGUGGCACAGUGGGUAAGUGCUACGGCUGCUAACCAAAAGAUUGGCAGUUCAAAUCCACCAGGCGCUCCUUGGAAAUCCUAUGAGGCGGUUCUACUCUGCCCUAUGGGGUCGCUGUAAGUCGGAAUCGACUCAACGGCAACGGGUUUGGUUUGGGUUUUUUGGUAAUGACUGAUGACUUUCAGCAUUUUUUCCUGUGCUUUUGGUCAUUUAAGGAGCCCUGGUGGCAUAGUAAACCCUGAUGGCAUAGUGGUUAAGAGCUACGGCUGCUAACCAAAAGGUCGGCAGUCCGAAUCCACCAGGUGCUCUUUGGAAACUCUAUGGGGCAGUUCUGCUCUGUCCUGUAGGGUUCUUAAGAGCUGGAAUCAACUUGAUGGUAACACAUAUUUGGUUUUGGUUGGUGGCGUAGCAGUUAAGUGCUUGGCUGCUAACUGAAAGGUUGGUUGUUUGGGCUGACCAGCCUCCCCGCAGUAGAAAGAUGUGGCAGACUGCUUUCAUAAGGAUUUACAGCAUUGGAAACGCUAUGGGGCAGUUCUACUCUGCCCUGUAGGGUUACUAUGAGUUGGAAUUGACUUGAAGGCAACGAGUAUUGGUUGGCCAUUUGAGUAUCCUCCUUGGUGAAAUGACUGUUAAGUCCUUCACCCAUUUUUUGAUUCAGUUGUCUUUUUGUUAAGUUGUAGAAAUAUUUUACAAAAUUUGGAUAUUAGAUCUCUAUCAGAUAUAUGGUUUUCAAGAUUUUUCUCCUACUCUGUAGGCUAUCUUUUCACUUUUUUGAUAAAGUCUUUUGAUGAACAGAAGUAUUUAGUUUUUGUGAGGUCCCGUUUAUAUGUUUUUGCUGCUCACGCUUUUAUUGUUGUAUCAGAUCUAAUGUUUCUGAACCAUAUUAAAUUAGAUCUUGACCAGUUGGAGUGUUACCAUUAGUUCACAUUCAUGCUCUUUAAGUUAUGGGGCAUUGGUAAUUGUGAUCAGUUGUGGGUCACGAUGAAUUGUUAAAGACACUUGAGAUGUCUUAAUUUUUAAAAAAAUCAAUAAGGGUAGAUUUAAGGUUAUUCCUGUGAUACUGUAUAAUAACUUCUCGUAUUUUCAGUUGUUUUUUGAGUAAUGGAGAGUCAGCUAUCUCCUUCUGAAGACUGAAGGCCAUCUGAGCCUGCUAAGUCUUUUGCCGUAGCCCAUAAUCUGAUUAGAUCAUAGAAGUGUGUCCUUCCCAUGUGGGAAUAUAAUCAAUCAUAUAUUGAUAUGGAAAAAAUUGAGAACUAUAUUAUAGGCAGGGAAACCCUGGUGGUAUAGUGGUUAAGAGCUAUGGCUACUAGCAAAAAGGUCGGGAGUUUGAAUCCACCAGGUGGUCCUCGGAAACUGUAGGGGGCAGUUGUACUCUGACCUGAAGGGUCAGUGUGAGUCGGAAUCGACUCAAUGACAAUGAGUUUUGUUUGGGUUUUUAUUAUAGGCAGAUUUUCAUUCACUUUAAAGGAGUUUUACCUGCUUAUUUAUGGGAAAGAUAACAACUGUGAGUGAAUUGGAUUUUUUUCUUGGGACUCUUGCUUAAAAAGUUUUUUUUUUUUUUAAGGAAUUGUUUUCUCACAUUUGAUUUGGAGCUGUUUCAUUCAUUUCUAGCUUAAAUAUUCUAGCUUAUUCAUUCUAGCUUAAAUAAGGCCAUAAUGUUCUGAAAUAUCAAAACAUAAAAAUAAAAGGAACUGUAGUGAAGAGAAAAAUUUUAGAACACCUGCUGUCUAUGAGGCAUUAUGGACAGGCUAGCUAGCUUCCUGGUCUCAUGGAGCUUCUAACAAGGAGAGAGAAUAAAAAUAGGGAAGGGGACUAGAGAAUGCUUGAAAUGUGUAAUGCAGAGCAAUAAAUUGCCUAAAUUCAUAAGGGACAAGAAUAAGGAUCAACGUAAAGCUGAUUCCUAUGAGGUUUUCAGAUAUAAUUCCACUCUCCAACUUCUUCACCAUUUCUGACACCAGCCGUUCUCUCUCCCCUCACAGCACUUUUCUCCUUUUCUGCUGGGUUCGAUAGCUGGUUGCAAUGGCCUCAUAGAACUCACAGACCAUACUAAAAGUUAUGGGGCUUAUUAGGGAGGUAGCAGGUUGCAGGAGCCCUGGUGGUGCAGUAGUUAAGAGCUUGGCUGCUAACCAAAAGGUCGGCAGUUCAAAUUUGCCAGCCACUCCUUGGAAACCCUUUGGGACAGUUCUCUGUCCUAUAGGGUUGCUCUGAGUUGGAAUCUACUUGAUGGCAAUGGCUUUGAUUUGGUUUUAACAGGCUGCAACUUGGGAUCAGGAUCAACUUGGAAGCAAUAGGAACAAGUAGGGAUCAAGAUCAGGAAGCACGUAGGCAAGGUCUCGCAGGCUCGCCUGAAGUGGAGAGCAUAUCCCCCCCUUCAGUGUAGGACAGCUUCCAACCAGGGUGGCUUUCUCAGCUGCUACCUGAUGUUGGGCCUCUGACAUCAGGCCUCUCUGCUGCUAACCAUCCCAGCCGUCAUGGCCAGUGUAGCAGCCAGCUCAGCUGUCUUAGCUGCUCUUGCCAUAAGGCCUCUCUGCUGUCAGCCUCCCUGCCGUCAGCAUCUCUGAUGGUUAACUGACCCAGCUUAUAGCCAGGGUAGCAUCCUGCUCAGCCAUGGAGGCCCUCUCAGCCAUCUUGCUCUGGUGCCAGGCACUUUCUGGGUCUCUUGCAAUCUUCAGUGUUACAGCCCUUGACCCGUAUUACAGCUCUUUUAGGAGAUUCCCUUCACAGGAACCUUGGGUCCAAACUGCUCUGCUUCAGGCUCUUCUUGGUCUUGAGGUUCCCUCCUCCCCUCUAAACCUCUGUGAGGUUGGCUGCUUGUAUAAGCAAACUCCUUGUCAAUUUUAAGGUGUGGACCUCCCAGCAGAAUUGAUCAUUCCUCUCAGUGGACUGCAAGCUACUCAAUCCUAUUGGGUGGUUUUACACACUACCUUUCCAACUAGUAAACUGCCUAAUUCUUACAAGGUGAGUAAAAUAGACCAAUCACAGGGCAGACCAUGGCUCAACUGGCCAUAUUUGGCUGAAUUACAAACCAAGGGCCAGAAAGGCCAUAUAUAAGAGAAACCUCCUGCACUGCAAAGUGUGAGCUAACAUUAGAUUUGGUGACCAGAGAAGCCUGUCUGAGGAGGAUGAUAAAAGUUUGAGACCUGGUUGUUAAGAAGGAACUACCCAUGCAGAGAUCUAAGCGAAGAGCACUCCAGGUAGAGUGAACAAGAAAUGAAAAAAGGCUUUGAGGUGAUGAACUGGUCUGGUUUUGGCAAGAAGUAUAAUUCACCGUGAUGGUUCAGAUGAAAAGAAAUUCAUCGAAGAGUUACUUAGAGAUAUGGGCAACCCUAAAGGAACAGCACUCAAAGACUAGCAGCAGCCCAAAGUUACUGCUAGGGCUAGAAGGAUAAGGUGAGGAAACUGUUCCUAGUUCUAAGUGAGAGCAAGGACACUGUAGAAGGGUUGCCUGCCUGGAGCUUGUCAUCAUCAUGGGAGGCAGCUGUUGCCAGAGAUAGGGUGCCAAGAUAGGGGGAGAGUAGAAAAGACAUACUCUCCACCUGAUCGCCUGUCGGUGCUGCUUAUUGGCUAACAUAGCCUGAGUAGGGGUCAUCAUCCUGGGGCAGAGAAGGGAAAGAAUGGCUAUUGUGGUGCUUUUGGAGCUGGAAUAAAUGGUGAAUAACUGGCACAGGUGGGAAGGAGUAGGGCAUAUUUGAAGGAAAGAAGGGAGGCCAUUGGCUAUUCUGACUGCUUCAAUAAAGCUAUUUAUAAUAUUCUGAAAUCUAAAAACACAGAAAUAAAAGGAACUGUAGUGAAGACUUAGAAAGCAAUGUGCUUCCCUUUCAGCCUUCUGGUACUUCUCUUCCCUGUUGACCAUUCCACGCUGAGAUCAGCUAUCAGAUUAAUGCCAUUCUCUCUAGAAUGCAAGCUCCACGAGGGCUGGAUUUUGACCCAGUUUUUUCACUGCCGGAUCCCAGCACCUUGACUCUCUCUUGGUUUUCAGCUCUGUGGGUCACCCUGCCUUUGUGGUACACAGGUACCUGCAGUUUCUGAGCCUGUCUGAGGUGAGUCAGCUUGCUUCUCAUGGGUUUCUCCUGCAAGCUUUUAGAUUUAACCUUUCCUCACUAAGUCGUUUGCCAUUCUUCCAUCUGCUUGUUCUUCAUUGUAAUUUGGGGUUAUAGAUGGCUCCUAGUUGCGUUGGAAUUUGCUUUUCAGUUUCUUGUUCAUGUUGUCUUGGGGGUAGUUUUCAAGACGAAGGAGGCGAAUAGGACUUUUGCAAUCUUGAAACUGGAAAAAGUAUUAUCUUUGGAAUGAUGACUUUAGCUGGAAGGUAGGACAUUUAAUAUUUAUUCACUGGAUCUAUAAUUAGUAUCUUUUCCAGAUCUUCAAUUUAUAACACCCUAGGAACUAGCUCCUUGACUCUCCAAAAGAAAAAAAUGAGGUUUUUUGUUUUUUCUUUAAGUGAUGGAGCUAUAGUGUAGGGUGUAGGUAUGCCUUAUAUUUGGCAGAAGAUAUUGGAAAGUCAUUUAUGAAUUUAAGUAUAUUUGGUGAGUGCAUUCAAUAUUUGAUAAAGUCUACUGAGUUUUAAAGUACAGUGUAUCACCUUAAUUUGUUUUCCUGAAUUGGAUUUUUUUUUUUUAUACUCUAGAUCAUACCCCUCCACCCCCAUUUUUUUUAAGCAAAGCACAUCUGUAAUAUAUGGAAAUAUUUGUAGUCCAGAUAUUUUUCUGUUCCAUAGCUUUGACAUGUAUGUGAGUGUUUAAGUUACUUCUUGGAGCAUAGCUAAUAUUCCUUGAAAUUGUUGGGUGAUAGGAAUCUAAAAAUAUUUUUAUAAAGUACUGGUACUUGUAGUAUAUGUCUAGAGGUUGAUCCAACUGUACUUUAUGGGUUUUGGGUAAAGAAGGGGCUCUAACAGCAAGUAAUUUUGGGAUAAGUAAAGUUAGAUAUUUGUUUUAUUUUUGACUACAGUAAUUUUUACAGAAUUUAGUGCCAACUUGAAUCUCCCAGCGCAUUCUAUGGAACACAUUGUGGAAAUAAUGGUAGUGCUCAGCACAGAUAUUUGGAGUCUCUAAGUGGUUUGGAUUGAAAUCCAAUGUUUGUCUAGCUGUGUGAUCUUAGGUUAAUAACCUCAGAGCUUCAUCUUAUCUGUGAAGUAGUUCUAGUGAUACCUAAUUCACUGGUAAAUUAGUACUUAGCAUGGUGUUGAGUACACAGGUAGGUACAUUAUUGAGAAUAUAGGUAAAUCAAGUACUCAGUAUGUGGUGGGUACCCAUAUACAUUCUGCUUUUCAAUAGCAUUUAUGAACCCUAUAAGGUAUCUUUUACAAAAAUGAGAAAACAUUUGAAUAGAAAAAUGUGCUGGGGGAACCAUAAGUAUUGUAUUCAUUUGCUAUUAUUUGCUUAUAAUGCCCAAAACCAAAUUGGAGAGGUAUAUGAUUAGUUGAGAUACAAUUCAGCUAGUCAAACAAACAAAAACCCAGUUCUCUGUAAGACCAAGAUAAUAUGGUCCAGAUGUGUUUCUUUGUUAUUAUAUAACUCUGAGCAAGAGCUCAUAAAACACAAAAGAAAAGGACUCACUUGUGACUUACGUAGUCUGUUUCAGGUAUCGGAUGUCUCAGAUAAACUUAGUUUAUGGUAGAUUUUUCUGAUGGCUCCUAGAACCUACUGAUAAAAACAAACUACACCCGUUGCCGCCGAGUUGAUCCCGACUCACAGCAACCCUAUAGGACAGAGUAGGACAACCCCAUAGUUUCCAAGGAGUGUUUGGUGGAUUUGAACUGCCAACCUUUUGGUUAGCAGCCAAGAUCCUAACCACCAUGCCGCUAGGGUUCCAGAACCUACUGAUAGUCUUGCUAAUUAAAGACCAGCGUGUACUUAUAGAGCAGUGUUUCUCAAAUGUUAAUAUGCAUGUGAAUCACCUGGGAGUCUUGUCAAAAGGUGAUUCUGAUUCAGUAGGUCUGGAGUGGGGCUUGAGAGUCUGCAUUUCUAACAAGCUUCAGGUGAAGGCAGUGCUACUGAUCCACAGAUCACAGUUUGAGUAGCAGGGCUUUUAGAUAUACAGAACUAGUCCUGUACCUGUGAGGUUGGUGACAUAAAUGGUUUGACAAAGGUUCUGGUAGCAAAAAGUCAUCUUCAUGGACCAUUUUCAGGUUUAGAUGAUCAAUUCUAAAAUGGAUGGAGUGAUUAGAUUCCAAUUAGGGAUAGAUAAUUUCCAUUAUCUACAAAGUGUAGAUGAAGUAUUCUACAGUUACUAAUAGGGAUGUAUGUACUUUGUGACAGUGCUCCCAAAUCCAAAUUUAUUACUGCCUUAGUCUGUAAUAGCAUCCUUCAUCUUUUUUCUUUAAAAUAUAAGUUGCUUAAGAAAGGAUUUUAAUGUAAUGUGUGGAGAGACUUCAUUUGAGUCUCAUUUGAGAACAUUUCACUAACUCCCCCAAAGAUUUGUUAUUUCACCAAUUUUAAUUCAGCUAAGAGCCAGAAUAACUUCUCUCCAGAAUUCUUGGAUAACAACCAUCAAGCUGGUUCCAGCUUAUCCACAAUUCAUUUGUAUGUAGUUUGAGAGUUAAAAUUACUUUAUACUUUUAAAGGUUAUUUAUGAAACUAGAAAGAUUUCUAUUCUAUAUUAGCCUUCUCCAUAUCUCAGCAUUCCAUUUACGUAUAGUUUGAUUUAGGGACUUGAGAGAAAAAGGGAACAUCGAUUUAAAAGAAAUAAUCACUUUGACUGUGGUCCAAGGUGUUUGAUGAUAGAGAUAAAAUAAGGUUCAAUCAUUUAAAUCAAUUAUGCCAACUCCUAAAUUAAUCUUGGAAUGUAAUUGAUCCACCUAGGCUUAAUUUAUGGACUUUCAUUAAAGUUUUAGAUUAUGAUGACCCAUGAAUUUGACCCCUUUUUUCAAAUGGUCCAUUUCUCUAAGAAUAUUUCUAAGUCUUUCCAAUCUAAAGAUCCUGUGAAUAGGACAUUAGACAACCUUUGGCAUCCAGAUGUCUUGGCUGUAGACAUCAAACUUCCAUUAGAAGAGAUGGAUGCAGUGAAGGCAGAGUAACUCAGAUUGGAGGAUUGUCGCUUGUUCUUAUGGAUUGAAUUGUGUCCCCCUAAAAUAUGUGUCAACUUGGCUAGGCCAUGAUUCCCAGUAUUGUGUGAUUAUCUGCCAUUUUGUCAUCUGAUGUGAUUUUUCUAUGUGUUGUAAAUCUUACCUCUAUGAGUUCAUGAGGGAGGACUCAAUCUACAAGAUUACAUUGUGUCUUGAGUCCAUCUCUUUUGAGAUAUGAAAGAGAGAAGCCAGCAGAGAGACAGGGCGACUUCAUACCACCAAGAAAGCCAUGCCGGAAGCAGAGUGCAUCCUUUGGAGCUGGGGUUCCUAGGCUGAGAAGCGCCUAGACGAGGGGAAGGUUGAUGACAAGGACCUUCACCCAGAGCGAACAGAGAAAGCCUUGCCCUAGAGCCGGCACCCUGAGUUUGGACUUCCAGCUUCCUAAACUGUGAGAAUAAACUUCUGUUUGUUAAAGCCAUCCACUUGUGGUAUUUCUCUGAUAACUAAGACACAUGUACUGUUAAAAUAUUAACUCAAAUUGGCCUGAUAAUCCUGGACUCUCUUACU